AUGUCGUGGGGUCAUGCAACGAGUGAUGACUUGACGCAUUGGGAAGAGCAGCCCAUUGCUCUUCUCGCCCGAGGUUUCCCCGAGAAUGUGACGGAGAUGUUUUUCACUGGCAGUGCUGUUGCCGACGUAAACAAUACCAGUGGAUUUGGGGUUGAUGGCAAAACUCCCUUGGUUGCCGUGUAUACUUCCUCCUACCAAGUUACGCAGACCUUACCUAGUGGCAAGGAAGUGAAAGCCAAUCAGCAAUCACAGUCAAUUGCUUAUAGUAUCGAUGACGGUAUGACAUGGACCACUUACGAUGAAGCCAAUCCAGUCAUUCAAAACCCACCGACCCCAUAUCAAAAUCAAUACGAGAACUUCCGUGACCCUUUCAUAUUCUGGCACGAACAGACGAACAAGUGGAUCCUCGUUACAGCAUUAUCUGAAAUCCACAAACUUGUUCUUUGGACGUCGGACAACUUGAAAGACUGGAAAGUAUUGAGUGAGUUUGGCCCCUUUAACGGCGUCGGCGGGGUGUGGGAAUGUCCCAAUCUCUUCCCCUUUGAUCUCGACAAUGACGAAUCGAAAACAAAAUGGGUCAUGAUCGUGGGUCUCAAUCCAGGAGGACCACCAGGCACUGUCGGUUCCGGAACACAAUACUUUAUUGGAAGCUUUGACGGAACGAAGUUUACUCCCGAUGAUGAGAGUGUGUAUCCCGGAAACAAAACUUCGAAUUGGAUGGAUUGGGGGCCCGACUAUUAUGCUACUACCAGCUUUAAUGGGCUUCCCAGUACCGAUCAUACUGUCAUUGGAUGGAUGAAUAAUUGGCAGUAUGGUACGAAAAUCCCAGCAUACCCCUGGCAUGGCGCAAUGACGGCUCCCCGACACCUGUCUUUGAAGACGAUCAACGAAAAACCGACCUUGAUUCAGCAACCGAAUGAAGCAUGGAAAUCCAUUGAAAGUCAAGGCAAACAUUCAUCCACGUGGAAGACUUUUAACCAAGGAAGCAAAGACCUUGGCCCCGUGGGCAAAACUCUGGAUGUUGAACUGGAGUUCUCUGCUUCGGACGCGUCGAAAUUUGGAAUCAUUGUCCAAGCGACUUCUGACUGGAAAGAACAAACUGCAAUCGGUUAUGAUUUCAAGGGAAAGCAAAUAUUCGUUGACCGAACCAAGUCUGGCGAUGUCUCUUUCGAUGAAACAUUUGCCAGUGUAUACCACGCACCUUUGAUUCCAAAUUCAGAUGGGACGGUGCGCCUUCGGAUAUUGGUUGAUUGGUCAAGUAUUGAGGUGUUUGGAGGCGAUGGAGAAGCUACCUUGACUGCUCAAAUUUUCCCAAGCAAAAAUGCAACCUUUGCACAGCUAUUCUCGGAUGGCGGAGAUACCAGGAAUGUCCAACUUGGAGUCCGGAGGGUUUCCUCGACUUGGAAAUAG